UCCCCAACUGUUCAGGGUACCCUACCUCGAUUAAUGUGUUUUGUGAAUAGGUGAUCCUCAUAUCUGGCACUAAUGUUUCUCUUAAAAUUGUUGCCCGUAUUGUGGGCUUUAUCAGUGAAGGCAGACUUCUUCCAUUUCGAUAGCAUAUCGAACGUUUCUACGUACUAUUUCAAUUACAUUUAUUGUAAUAUCUGGGAGGGGGAAUGCCAGCCAAAUCAAGAUGAUGCGACCCAGCAAGUUCCAGCCAGGGAUCUGUGGCCGGGAUUCCCACAAGAUUAUAUUCGUAUGGUCAAUGAAUGGUACUGUAGUCUGGGACAGUGUUGCGAGUCCGGGGACUGUCGGAUUACAAAUAAUAUCACAGGACUAGCCAGAGACCUCCAGCAAAAGCUUCAUGGGCAGCACCUGGCCCAAGCAGUGGUUUUGAAAGCUGUGCAGGGCUUCAUAGAAAACCCAGACUCCAAUAAGCCCCUCACCCUCUCCUUCCAUGGCUGGUCUGGUACCGGUAAGAACUUUGUGGCCCGAAUAGUGGCAGACAACCUGUAUCGUGAUGGGGUGAAGAGCGAGUGUGUGCGUCUGUUCAUCGCCCCGUUCCAUUUCCCUCACGUCAGACUUGUGGACGUAUACAAGGGUCAGCUUCGGGAGGCAAUCAGAGACAUGGUGCUGCGCUGCCCUCAGACACUGUUCAUCUUUGACGAGGCCGAGAAGCUGCACCCGGGCCUCAUCGACGCCAUCAAGCCCUACAUGGAUCACUACGACAAUGUGGAUGGGGUGAACUACAGGAGGGCCAUAUUCCUCUUCCUUAGUAACAUCGGUGGAGCAGCCAUUAAUGAAGUGGCACUGGACUUUUGGCACUCUGGCCAGAACCGAGAGGACAUUGGAAUGGAGGAUCUUGAACACCGGCUACGUGCAGAUGCAAUGGAGGCACAAGGUGGUUUUGCCCAGAGUCAACUGUUGUCAGGCCAUCUGAUUGACUUCUUCGUGCCCUUCCUGCCGUUAGAGUACCGCCAUGUCAAGCGCUGUGCCCGGGACGCCUAUCUGGCACGAGGCAUCCAGCCUACAGAGGCCACGCUGGACGAGGUGGCUAAGGCCAUGCUGUACGUGCCCAAGGAGGAGAAACUGUUCUCAGCACAGGGCUGCAAGUCCAUUCCACAAAGAAUCAAUUUCUUUCUGCCCUGAUUGAGCGCCUCGAUACAGCCCAAAGAAACAUUACCUCGAGGUAUUGGGGUUGUAGUUGACCGCUCAAUUUCAACACAAGACCAGCCUAAUAGCUGUUGGACAUGUGAAUCCCCGAUUACCCACUGCCAAUGAACAGAGUGAUGGGGAGUCUGGUUCGAAUCCCGUGAGAGUUUUAGUCACUUUUUUCGCCUUCAUUGUAACACUACUGAGUUUGUUCAAUUGUCAUUGUGUAGGCUUUUAACCAUAAGCACUUUGCGAUAUGAAUAAGAGGUUUAAUGUAAUUUUACUUUAUAUAUUUAUCUUUUUAUACGGUCAAACUCAGCAUUCACUGCAAUGCUGUUGCUUCUUCUAAAGACUCAUAGUAUUGGUGUCCUACUGAAUGAGAGCAUUGAACUGAACAGUUUACCAUCACUUUGUUUACAUAAGCUGUUAUUUGACAUGGUAUACUUUUUGUACACAGAACUAUACCUGCUAGGUGAACAUUACCACUGUUGCAUUUGUGUUCUUUUCAUUAUGUGGUUGUCUCAGUACAUGUUGAGUUCAACUUGUGCCAAAGGGUGUUACAUAAUCCCUGAAUGCAGGACGCUGUGUUUUUUUCAUACACUGGAUACAAUUCAAAAAACUUUAUUUAUCCCUGAAGGGCAAUUUCUCAAAUGGAGGUCAGACUUUGCAAAAAAGCCCUGAUGUAAUCAUAUCAACGUUAUUGUGAGUGUCCUAUUGUUUUUGUUUGUGUCUCCAGAAUUUAAUGUCAGUUAAGCUUUGAAUGGUGACUUUAGUUGUGUAUUUGCCCAUUUCAGUGCACUUAAAUGCAUGUUUUACUUACAGUACAUGUUUGCAAGCAUUUGGGAUGCUUUUUGGUGGGAUAUAUUUGUCACUCUUGUCAUUUUUAUGAUUUUAUUACACCUUAACUUGGAUCACCGCAAUUAAAAUCAUGGCAGCUUUAGCCCGAAAGGUCUUUUAAGUCCUGUAACAAACCUUAAACUUUGCAUGAUGUAUUCAAUAUAAUUGGGAAAUGGGCUUAUUAGUAUUCAAUUAUUCCAAUGAAGAGAGGCGUUAGCCCACAUUGACAUUUAUAUGAUACAAUUAUGAAAAAGUAAAAUGUGUAAUAUUAUCUCAUUACCUUAAUGUUUUUUUCUGUCAUUGGGUAUCAGUGUGCCAUUGCUGGCUUUUUUUGUUGUUGUUGUGGACUUGAAAUGAGACGGAACUAGGGGAUCUUUUUUUAAUUCCUUGUUUUAUUAAGCUUUGUAUCAAGAGCCACGGACAUCUGAUUUUCAUGGCGUUGGUCCUACUGUGAAUUAUCAAGGGGUAGGUGUGGAUACAUGUGAGGAUAAAGAGAAAUA